CCUUUGUGAGUGCCUGCUUGAGGAGGCUUCGUGAGCAGGCCAGCGCACGAUGAUGGCACCAUAGUAGCCGCAGCGAUGGCCAUCCUCACGCCCGCCGCCGCGCGGGCGCUGCUCCGCAAGACCCGGAGCCCGGCCCUGGGCCUCGACGUCUCGCCGUCGCGCGUCGGCCUCGCCGUCUCCGGCCCGGGCGGCGGCGCGCUGCCGCUCGGCACCAUCAAACGCGCGGCCCGCGACGUCCGCGCGGUGAGUGGUAAGAUCGCGGCGGCGGCGACGCGGCACCGCGCGGCACUCCUGGCGGUCGGGUGGCCCCUCGAGCCGUCGGGCGUCGCGGGCGAACGAUGCGCGGCGGUGCGGGCGUUCGUCGACGCGGUACGCGCCGAGGCCGCCCUGCCGCCCGUCGUCUUCGUGGACGAGCGCUUCACGACACAGGCCGCGCGGCACGCACUCGGCGAGGCCGGCGCGGCGACCACGCACGGCGCGGAGGACGCCGCGGCGGCCGCGCUCAUCGUCGAGGCCCUGCUCGAGGAAGAGCGGGCACCGCCGUCGCGAUUUUUUGCCGACGACGUCCCGGACUAAUUGUGAUUUGUAACAACACC